UUUACUGACAUGUUUUCAAAGGCCACUCCGUCCUACUGGUACCGGUACCGUCACGUCCGAGGCCACUUUGCCCAUUCACACGCACAAAUGGCACCUCAAUAAUGCGGCCCGUGGGCUCCCGAACCCCCCGUUGCCGCCGUCGUGUCGCCGUGCCUUCAGCGGCGUCGGCGGUCGUCGUCGUGCUCCUGAUGUCGGCGACCACCGCGGGGGGCUCCCAGGGCGACCGAGAGCCGGUGUACAGGGACUGCGUGAAGCAGUGUGUCCAGAGCAACUGCACCGGAGCUCGGCUACGGCGAUAUCAGACGGCCCAGCCGCAGUACAUGGCGCUCACGGGUUGGAGUUGUCGCGACGACUGUCGCUACGAGUGCAUGUGGACCACGGUGGGCGUGUACCAGGCCGAGGGCUACAGAAUCCCGCAGUUCCACGGCAAGUGGCCGUUCACACGCUUCCUGUGCUUCGAGGAGCCGGCGUCCGCCCUGGCCUCGCUCCUGAACGGCCUGGCGUGCCUUCUCAUGCUGCUGCGCUACCGGAGCACCGUGCCGCGCCAGAGUCCCAUGUUCAACACCAUCAACGCCUUCUCUCUGGUGUCGCUCAACGCUUGGUUCUGGUCUACGGUGUUCCACACACGGGACACGAUCCUCACUGAGAAAAUGGACUAUUUCUGUGCCACCGCAGUCAUUCUGUACUCCAUUUAUUUAUGCUGCGUCAGAACGUUGGGCUUGAGGCACCCGGGGGUGUCCAGCAUCGUGGGGGUGCUGCUCAUCUUGGCCUUCACGUCACACGUGUCCUACUUGACCUUUGUCAGCUUCGACUACGGCUACAACAUGGCCGCCAACACCUCCUUCGGCAUGGUGAACCUGCUGUGGUGGCUGUGCUGGUGCUGGAGGAACCGGCGGACGCUGCCGUACUGGUGGAAGUGCGGCCUGGUGGUCUUGCUCCUUCACGGCCUGGCCCUGCUGGAGCUGAUGGACUUCCCCCCUCUGCUUUGGGUCCUGGACGCGCACGCCAUUUGGCACCUGAGCACCAUCCCCGUGCACUUCCUUUUCUACAGUUUCCUGAUAGACGACAGCCUCUACUUGCUGAACACAGAGAAGCUGGGCGUGAAAGUGGAGUAGGAGACGAGCCCCGUCGUCCGACGCCGCCGCAGCCCUCCGACCGUGGCCGGCGUACAAGUAGCCCCGCCUCCCACGUGACCCGCAUGACACCUUCCAUCAGGCAGAACUGUUUACAUUGUUUUAUUAUUGGUAUUUAUUUGAUGGAUUAUUUUUCCUUUAUAUUUACAUUUGCCUUAUCGUCCAUAUGCGAGAAAAGAGAACGAAGGUGAAAAAUUUAAGAUACUUUUUUUUUUUUUUUUUUUUUUUAAACUGAGUCGAGUCCAAAUGCAGUUUAAGCUUCCAUUCGAUAGGUGGUGCCAAAAUCGCCUGUAAGUGUCUGGGUAACGUGUGUGCCAAAGGUGGAAGAGUGGUGCCCCCCAGCCCCACCCACAGUCCCGUGGAUUGUUCUGGAAAAAAAUCGGGGCAGGUUUGUUUGAAGGUCGUUUUAGCUGACUGAGAUUUUUCUCUUUUAUUUUGUGCCUCUGUUGUCUCCUCUGCUGCUUUUUUUUCGUCUUAUUUCCAUCACCUGCUCCCUUAAUUUUAUUUUUGCUGCUUUUGUUGUUGUUGUUUUUGCUAGAGUGGGAUGUGAAGUCUUUUAUUCACCUGGAUUGCCUUUUUAAGCGUGAGGACAAAUUGAGAAGUACAGGAAGCAUUUCUGAAAGCGUGUUAUACAGUAUAUUAUGAUAUUUCAAGCAAAAUUUGAACAAUUACUUCAGAAAUUUCUUGACUGCUUUUUUUUUUUUUUGUAUGGAUUUCAUUGCUGCAGCGUUCCCUUCACACACUCCCCCAAAACGCCAACAUAUUUCCGUACGUGCACCAGCGCGUCACCAGUUGGAAGUCGCCGCGACCCGGGUGGUCUCCGGUGGGGGGAGGGGGCGCGAGACGCCAGCCCGUCUCCAGGUCAGUGAGGCGGCGGUCUUAAUGAUUCACACGUCGAUAUUUUGUGUUCGGAAUCGGGGUCACGCCUUUCCGUUUUGAGACGCGACAAUGGCCGCUACGUAUUGUGAUCGCGCACAAUCGGAUGGUUCCUGAAUGUUAUGACUGGGGCGUGAGUCAAAGUACACCCUUGUGACAAUUUAAUGGGAUACAUGUACAGUGGUGCCUUCAGAUGCAAAUGGCCCGACUUAAAAGUUCUUCAAGAUACAAAUCGGAAGUAAACAAGCCGUCAAAAAGCAGCCUUCAAGCUGUCAAACUAAACAACAAGCACACAACUUUUUCUUCCGCUAGCUUGACGCUAGCACACAACGUAAACACCAUGAUAGGGCUAACAGAUAAGCAUCAAACGUCGCAAUGUUGUAAGACGGAUAUUUGAACACAAAUGGUGCAUCAAGACCACUGAUCUAAAAAGAAAAAAGACUGGAUAGCGCAUACACAUCGGGCGGUAUGUCGAUUGGUUGAAGCUAGUUGGCCGCCAUCUUGGUACUCCCAAAAUAUGUGGAGGACAUGGUUUACAGGUUGGAUUAUGCCGAGGUUUUUCCUCAAGGUUUGGGACGUAGAGUUAUAUCUGGUCGUGUGAGCUUGACAUUUUUUCAAUUCUGGUAAUAUGAAGUAUUUUUAAUUUGACUUGGUAAGCCAAAAAGGAAAGUGCAAAGGAAAGACACAGAACACCGUGACUACCAAAAAACCUUGAAUAUUAUUAUCUCGGGCCCGAUUUCUGUGACAUGUUAACUUUUCCCAAAAUACGCCGUGAAGCAAUAUCAUCAUAACAUAGCAAAAAACUAAGCAUUUUUUUGUCAUAAAAACAUUUAAUUUGAAGUCAAUCAGUUAGAUAUAUUUUUGGAAAUAUGGAAAAAUACAUGCUAAACACAUUGUUCAUUUGUUGUCUCUGCGACGUCCUAUUUCAGAGAGAAAAUUGAAACUUUUUUCCUCGCAUUUGAAAUUCAAAUUCAAUUUGCAGAGUUCUGUAUUAUAAAAUUCAUCAAAAAUUUCACAGAAAAUGUGUUUUCUUGCUUAUCCACAGAUGAAGUUUGGGAAAAUAUUGACGUGGCUUUUUUGCGAAAAACCGUCAAAAAUAUAAAAGCUGAAGCAGAGAGUGAAUAGUGAACAACAACAACCUUAAACAAAACUUUGUUCGAGUGAAUUAAGCUCAUCAGAAAAUUAAAAAAAGAAACUUUACAAACAAACUUUGACAGUGUCAAAGUAAAUCUUUCGAACUUACCUGUGGAAUGUUUCUCACAGCCAUGAAAUUGGCGAUUAACGCACAAGUCGGUAUGCUUGUUUUGGGAGUAUCAAGAUGGCAGACGGCGACUUCAGUUUUUAGAUCAGUGUUCAACACGUCAACCAGACAGUAAAGCAAACAUCACAGGCGUAUCUUCGUUGUCCUCUGCAAAGAACAACUACAACUAUGACACUGAGGAGAGAGCGUGUCCAUUUUUAAGCUGUAUGUAUUUAUAAUACUGCCCCCUGAUGGGCAAGGCAGACAUGAAGCGCAGCACAAUGUCCAUUGAAUUAACGCCCCAGAAAUGUGGCACACUGCCCACCGGUGGCCAAGGCGUGCACACCAGGAGUCGCAAUGAACUCAUAAUGCACAAAUGAAUUCUUUACAUAUUGUCAACACUGUUUUUAAAAGUAUAUUCGCAAAAAAAAAAUCAGCUCUAUGACUGUGAUGUGACAAACUCAUCUCAAGGCACCACUGUGUACAUGUACAUCAGAUGCGUGCAGUGGAACUUUUUAUGGAAUAAUUCAGCUUUUAAUGCGCAUUUCACAGCUUAGUUAUGCGCAAGUUCUUGUGUACCUAAUAAAUUGGCAAGUGAGCGUUUACAUCAGUGAGCGGAGGGAUUGAUUUCGCUUCGUCAAUAGCUUUCAACCGAGGUUGGGCAAGUCAUAAACGGGGGGGGGGCGUUUAUGAUUAAUAUUUCAAAUCUUUGAUAUUCACGGGUGGAUUUCUUUGUACAAGCUAAAAUGAACAUUUAAAUCCCAACGAAAUCUUGUCAGCGCUGUAUUUUAUGCCAUCACGUUGGUUGACCAUGAAGUGGAUAUAUUGUUAUUGCGCAAAAAUAUUGCAACACUCCCACCCCCCCAUUUUCCUUUUUGUACACGCCACAUCCCUCCUCAGUGCACAUCCACUGCGCCCUGGGCGAAACGCCACCUCACGAAAUUCACAGCCCCAAAAAAAAAAAAAAAAAAAAACCCAUGACAUUUUAAGAUGUUGAAAAAAAAAAAAUAAAUAUUUGUUGAUUAAGAGUUGAGGCUCGCUUGUGUUUGUGUAGAAACGGGGGUGUCGCGGGCCACGUUGUAGUCACGGUUCCCCUCAGAAACCAUAAAAAAAUCUUCAACUGCUAUAUCAUAACAUGAAAUAUAUGAGCUAGUUCUGGAAUCAGAAAUCGAGCGUAAUGGGUUAUGUUGAUGUUUAGUCGCACAAAAAUGCCUGCAAUGUCUCGUGAUCGUUUGAAACUUUGGUACAGAUUAGAUCAAAAGUCAUGGAAGUUGAUACAUAUG